GGAAGGAGGGGCGGAGGCGGUGGCUCGGGUUUCUCACCGCGGCAGCGUUGGGGACGCGGCUGGCGUUGGCAUGAUGAACCAGCUGUGAGGCGCAGGGCUGCGCUGCGCGGGGCGGGGGAAGAGGUGGACACCGCUGCUAAGUUUUUCGCCAUGAACCUGAGGGGUCUCUUCCAGGACUUCAACCCGAGUAAAUUCCUCAUCUAUGCGUGUCUGCUACUGUUCUCUGUGCUACUGGCCCUUCGUCUGGAUGGCAUCAUUCAGUGGAGCUACUGGGCUGUCUUUGCUCCAAUAUGGUUGUGGAAGUUAAUGGUCAUUGUUGGAGCAUCAGUUGGAACUGGAGUCUGGGCACGAAAUCCUCAAUAUCGAGCAGAAGGAGAAACAUGUGUGGAGUUUAAAGCCAUGUUAAUUGCUGUUGGAAUCCACUUGCUCCUGCUGAUGUUUGAAGUCCUGGUCUGUGACAGGAUUGAGAGAGGAAGCCAUUUCUGGCUUCUGGUCUUCAUGCCACUGUUCUUUGUUUCCCCGGUAUCUGUUGCAGCUUGUGUCUGGGGCUUUCGACAUGAUAGGUCACUGGAGUUAGAAAUCCUGUGUUCUGUCAACAUUCUCCAGUUUAUAUUCAUUGCCUUAAGACUGGACAAGAUCAUCCACUGGCCCUGGCUUGUCGUGUGUGUCCCCCUGUGGAUCCUCAUGUCUUUCUUGUGCCUGGUGGUCCUCUACUACAUCGUUUGGUCUGUCUUGUUCCUGCGCUCUAUGGAUGUGAUUGCAGAACAACGCAGGACACAUAUAACCAUGGCAUUGAGCUGGAUGACCAUUGUCGUGCCUCUUCUUACUUUUGAGAUCCUGCUGGUUCACAAACUGGAUGGCCACAAUGCUUUCUCUUGUAUUCCAAUAUUUGUCCCCCUCUGGCUCUCAUUGAUCACACUAAUGGCAACAACAUUUGGACAGAAGGGCGGAAACCACUGGUGGUUUGGUAUUCGUAAAGAUUUCUGCCAGUUUCUGCUUGAAAUCUUCCCAUUUUUGAGAGAAUAUGGAAACAUUUCAUAUGAUCUCCACCAUGAAGAUAAUGAGGACACAGAAGAAACCCCAGUUCCAGAACCUCCUAAAAUUGCACCCAUGUUUCGCAAGAAAGCCAGGGUGGUUAUCACCCAGAGCCCUGGGAAGUAUGUCCUCCCACCACCCAAAUUAAAUAUUGAAAUGCCAGACUAAAGGGCGCCAGUGGGGCCAGAGUGUGAGUGCACUGAAAUGCACAUUCCCAUGUCCUUUGCCCCCACCCAGGUCUGGAACCAUAGACCUUUAUUUCAAGCUUCAGUUGCAUCCAGUGCCACCCAGCCACUCUCCACAAUAGGACACAGAGGUGGCAGGGGGGCUGGGGUGUCUACACACAUGGAUGCCAGUAGUACAUGAGGGAGGAGCCCUUUUCCCUCUGUAUGGGUACCUGAAGUGCGUGCUCAUCCCCAUGGCACCCACCCAGGGAUGACAGCGCCUAGGCCUGCAGAAGGUACAUCUGUGGAGUGGGCAGAUUUUUCUAGUGCUAAAAUUCCCAUCAAAGUGUUGGAAAAUGUGAUUCUUACAGGACCACCUCCAUUUGUGGUGCAGCUGCGCUGCUGUAGGUAGCCAGUGUGGCUGUAGCUAGGUCUGUGCACACCUGUUUUGUUCAGAAGCAGCCCAGCCAUACAUUCCCUGUCCCUACUGUGGAGUACAUUUCCCUUUGGGCAGGAUAGCAGCAAGUUUUCAGGGCCACAUUAGUUAGCCCUUCCCAAUGGAGUGACUCCAUGCCUGUAUAGUAUUUAUACAGAUAUUUUAGCAUUGUAAUAUACAGUGUCAAAUCCUAGUUCUGUACAGCAUAUUCUGUUAAAGUAUUUUUUUACAAGCUUGUGCUGGAGAUGGAUGGGUUUAGCCACAGUACAAGCAGGUGGCACAACUGUUUUGCCCCAGACAGAUGCACCACCCUCACAUGAGCACUGGGGAGAAAUUGGCUGAAAACCCUAAGACAUACCCCUGAGACUGGGACACUGAAGAAGGCUGACAAAGGACGUCAAAAACAUCCAGACAGGACUCAUGUCUAGUAAAGUCCUGCAAGAGUGCUGCAUCCGAGGUGUGCGGAUGCCAUCACCUGUCUGCACUUUCUCCAACGGCCAGCCCAGACCCAUCCUAUAAGAACAGUAACCCUCAGCCUAAAGCAAAUAAGUUGUUUCCCAGUGGGGUAAAGAGAGCAUUAUCUUCCUGCUCGGGAGGUGCAGCACUUUCCCUGGUCACCUGAUCAGUGGCUUCAAUCAGGCAUAACGGAACUCUUCUGUGACCCUGAUCCCACCCCGGCACAGGCCUCCAGCAAGCCUGUUCUGUUUCAGGGAAAAGGGGAAGUAAAUAUAGCCUUUUUUGCUUGACGUGUUAAAAAUGUGGUUAAAUCCACUAUUUUUGCUCCUGUAGUUGUUCAAUAAAAUGGUUCUUCAUUUUA